AUGGAAAGGUUGAUAUGCUCUGUGCAGACAUAUGCCUGGGGAUCACGUGGAAGCAAAAGUGUAGUCGCAAACCUCAAACAUUCCGCUGAUCAAGAAUUUGUGAUCGAUGAAGCUAAACCUUAUGCAGAACUAUGGAUGGGUGUACAUGCAAAUGGACCAUCGAAAAUUGCAUCAAAUGGCAAACUUUUGUCAGAAGUAAUAAGUAAAUCACAAUCUCUUCUAGCAGAUCAUGAAAAUGGAACUCUGCAGUUUUUGUUCAAAAUAUUAUCAGUAAAUCAAGCAUUAUCAAUACAAAGUCAUCCAGACAAAAAUAAAGCAAAAAUACUGCACGAACGUGAUCCAACACAUUAUCCUGAUGCUAACCACAAACCAGAAUUAGCUAUUGCUUUAUCCAGUUUUCAGCUAUUAAGUGGUUUUCGUCAGUCGCAUGAAAUCUAUGACAAUAUCAAAAGUUUUCCAGAGCUCGAGAGUUUAAUAAAUUCAAAAAGUGCUAUUGAAAUUCUAAAAAGUGGUAAUAUCGAUGAAAAACGAGUGGCUCUAAAAAAAAUAUUCUCCGAGUAUAUACGUUCAUCAAAUGAAAAUGUGCUAAAAGCUGUAGAGCAAUUGUAUGAACGUCUUAAAAAAAUUAAUUUGUUACUUUCUAUUGCAGAAAAUAAUCGUUGCACGCUUGAAGAAUUACUUGUUCGAUUAAAUAGUGAAUAUCCUGGUGAUGUUGGUAUCUUUGCACCUCUUUUCUUAAAUUAUUUUACGCUUGAACGAGGUGAAGCAGUAUUUAUGGGACCAAAUUCUCCACAUGCAUAUCUUUUUGGAGAUUGUGUUGAGUGUAUGGGUUGUUCAGACAAUACAGUUCGUGCUGGACUGACACCAAAAUUUAAGGAUGUCGAUACACUUUGUUCUGAUCUAACAUUUGAAAUGAUCGAACCACCACAUUUUUUCCCCAAAACGAUCGCUACCGGUAUUAGAGAAUAUGCUCCGCCGGUUUCAGAGUUUGCUGUUCAUGAAAUUGGAAGCAGUGCAAAUGAAUUGUCAAAUGUUGGUGCUAGUAGCAUUAUUAUCACGGUGAAGGGGUCAACUGAAAUGCACACUGAUGCGAAGAAAUUUAAUGCCAAGCGAGGUGAAGUAUACUUCAUACCCGUCAAUGUACCCCAUGUACUCAUCAAACCAUCCGCUGACUUUUUAGCUUACCGAGCAUUUACUCCUAAAAGAUAG